AGAUGCAUGCUGGCCGGUUCUGCGGCUCCGAGGCUUUGGAAGUUAGCGACUGGAGGGGUCCUACCCGGCUUUGGCGUCCGUCGCGUCUCCUCGCGCGUGCUUCCCGGUACGCCCUGUGCCGCCUCCCGCCCUCGGGCAGCGUGCGGAGCUCUCGAAGUACCCUGGAGGUCCUCAGAAGACUUAAGAAGAUUCAGAAGGUGGAGGAAAGGGGCCUUUUAAGCUUCUCUGGCCCUAAAUGGCUGCAGAAUCAAGAAAGCCUUCUUCGGCCCCAUCUCCACCAGACCAGACUCCUGAAGAGGAUCUUGUAAUUGUCAAGAUAGAGGAGGAUCCUGGUUGGGAUGAGGAAUCUAGCAUGCAUGAAAAUAAUACUGCUGGGCAAGAACUGUUUCGCCUACGUUUCAGGCAGCUAUGCUACCAGGAGACUCUAGGACCCCGGGAAGCUCUGAUCCAGCUACGAGCACUUUGCCAUCAGUGGCUGCGGCCAGACUUGAACAGCAAGGAGCAGAUCCUGGAGCUGCUGGUGCUGGAGCAGUUCCUGACCAUCCUGCCAGGGGAGCUGCAGACUCUGGUGAAGGAGCAUCAGUUAGAAAAUGGAGAGGAGGUAGUGACCCUGUUGGAGGACUUGCAAAGACAGAUUAAUAUCCUAGGACAACCAGUCUCAGCUCGUCCACAUGGGCACAGAGUUCUCUGGGAGGAAGUUGUACCUUCAGAAUCUGCACCAGAACCUCCAAGUACUCAGUUCCGACCCAUGGCAACCAAACAUAAACCUCCAGUGCCCCAGAAGCCACAGGACGGAGGAGAGAGGCCAGAUUUCACUUCUGAGGCCAUGUCUGCUUCUCAGAGUCGUACUCCUUCCCAGAAAAGAAGUUCUGGAGAUCAGGAGGUGACAGCUAGACUGCUCACUGCAGGGUUUCAGACUUUGGAAAAGAUUGAAGACAUGGCUGUGUCUCUUAUUCGAGAAGAGUGGCUUCUUGAUCCAUCACAGAAGGAUCUGAAUAGAGAUAACAGGCCCGAGAAAUACAGAAACACGUUCUCCCUGGAUGGUGAGACCAGGAGUGAGAACAAGGAAUUCUUUUCAAAACAGGUAAUAUCAACCGGAAUCCAGCCACAUGGACAAACAGCUGCCAAGUGCAACGGGGAUGUUAUCGUGGGUCUUACGCACGGAGAAACCCAAGACAGAUUAGAGAGGCAGCAGGGAAAUCCCACACAAGAGAGACGGCAUAAAUGUGAUGAAUGUGGGAAAAGCUUUGCUCAGAACUCAGGCCUUGUUCGACACUGGAGAAUCCACACUGGAGAGAAACCCUAUCAAUGUAAUGUGUGCAGUAAAGCCUUCAGCUAUAGGUCAGCCCUUCUUUCCCAUCAGGACAUCCACAACAAAGUGAAGCGCUAUCACUGUAAAGAAUGUGGUAAGGCCUUCAGUCAGAACACAGGCCUGAUCCUGCACCAGAGAAUCCACACCGGGGAGAAGCCCUAUCAGUGUAAUCAGUGUGGUAAGGCCUUUAGUCAGAGUGCAGGCCUUAUUUUGCACCAGAGAAUCCACAGUGGGGAGAGACCGUAUGAAUGUAAUGAAUGUGGAAAAGCUUUCAGUCAUAGUUCACACCUCAUUGGACACCAGAGAAUCCACACUGGGGAGAAACCCUAUGAGUGUGAUGAGUGUGGGAAAACAUUCAGACGCAGCUCCCAUCUUAUUGGCCAUCAAAGAAGCCACACUGGGGAGAAACCUUACAAAUGCAAUGAGUGCGGGAGGGCCUUCAGUCAGAAAUCAGGCCUGAUUGAACAUCAGAGAAUCCAUACUGGAGAAAGACCCUACAAGUGUAAAGAAUGUGGGAAAGCUUUCAAUGGGAACACUGGUCUCAUUCAGCAUCUGAGAAUACACACAGGGGAGAAGCCCUAUCAAUGCAGCGAGUGUGGGAAAGCCUUUAUUCAGAGAUCGAGCCUCAUUCGACAUCAGAGAAUCCACACUGGAGAAAAGCCUGAAACCACAGGAGUUUAGGAAAAGCCUUGGUUGUUGUCUGAGCAUUAUUCAGCAUUAGAGAAACCAUGUGGUAGUGGAGAAGGCUAGUGAAAAGGGCAGAAUCUGUGGUGUGAUGACAAAGUUAAGAAUAGCACUUCAGUAGUUUGAGCACAGUCCCCGGUAGAGAUUGAUUGGCUUGACUGUCUUUGGAGGCAUCUGGUGAAGCAGAGCCCCGGCAGCUUUAUAUAUUCUUCAGAACUUUAAAAUAACAGCAGAUUGCUUACUGUGACUUGAAACACUAUAUUUUGUCUUUCCCAAGAGUGGCUGUAAGUUUGAGAGGGACCACUCUAAGCUUCUCUUCCCAUUUCUGUGGUCCCUUUCUGCCAUCCCCCUCUGAAGAUGCCCUAGUAAAUCCUAAUCUGAGAAGCCGCUUGAGUCCAAGGCAACCUCAAUGAGACUAAGAUUUGUAUUUAGCUUUCUAAUACCCUAGUUAGAGGGAAAUGGUUGAACAUUUAACGUAAUAUUCUAGUACUCUUAGAUGAUAUAAACCCAUAAUCCUCUACAAAUUCAGUGUUAUAUUUUUAACAGCACUGUAGCAUUUUUCUUCAUUUAGCACCUUUACUGACUUCCAUUGAGUCCGUGAGCUCAUAUCCUUCACCACCCCCAGUCUCAGUACCUGUGUCAACAAAGGAAGUGGCUGCAUUAGUGAUGAUGGUGGGAGUGAUGCCAAGAAAGAGGUGAGUGGAGACUCAGCCUGGCUACUCUUGAGCAUGGACAGAGUGUACCUCAGGAUGACUUCUGACUCCUUCACCUUCCUACUGUACACUGUGGUUCAAAACAUAUUUGCACUAUCAAAGCUUUGGCACCAAAUAGGAAACAGAGGUGCUAGAAAAAGACAUUAAAAAUUCUUACAAAGAAUGUACAUCAUUCCUUUUGGCCCAUUACAGUACAGCUCUCAGGUUCCUGUCUAUGUAAACUCCCUGAGUACACGGUCAGCCUGGACUGACCUUCUCAGAUGGCCUCUGCAGCUCCAUCAUUAUCAUCUAUCUGUUUCCUUCCAUUUGCAUAUCUUCAGUAUCCACAGUGGUAAUCUAUCAAAUACCUUAUCUCUGAUUUCUUAUUCUGAAUUCUGGGAUACUCCCUCAGUCAUCUAACAACAAAGAUAGACUAUUACACUCAUUGUCACCAGGCCCUGUAUUUCACCUCUAAAACUAGCAUAACAGGAUAUUGGUAAAGUAAUGAGACUGGUUUAAAAUAACACAUCCGGCCGGGCAAUGGUGGCGCACGCCUUUAAUCCCAGCACUCGGGAGGCAGAGGCAGGCGGAUCUCUGUCUGUGAGUUCGAGACCAGCCUGGUCUACAGAGCUAGUGCCAGGACAGGCUCCAAAGCCACAGAGAAACCCUGUCUCGAAAAACCAAAAAAAAAAAAAAAAUUGAUCUGCUUAAAAUAACACAUCAGAUCUUGUGCACCUAAAAUAUAGUGUCCUUUCAGAGGAGUAAGUAUACUUUUUACUUAUUCUAGUAGUGCUGCUAGUCCUCCAGAUAGUGGGGACAUUCUUAGAAUUCUCAUUUAAUGAAGAGCAAGAAAACCAUCUGUUACUAUUAAUUAUAUUUCAUGUUUGGCCAUUUGAUUAGUGAGCUUGAAGCUGAAUAACUUUUGCUUUAACUUUAAUCCUCACACUUAAAAUUAUUCCAUUAAUCUUACUCAGAAGACAGGUUCUGAGUAGGUUCUGAUGAAAUCUCCAGGAAAACAAUUUCACAUUGUGACUGUCCUAAAAAGGAUCAUCUUAGUGUUUUGGCUAACUCUCUGAGACCAGUCCUCUUCAUUAUUCUUUAUUUUCUUACCCUCCUUUCUGUUUGCUUCCUUCCAGUUUAAUAUAGAUUAUCAUUCCUAACACUUCUCUAAAACUCUAAACAACUGAGCCACCUCUCCUGCCCCAAUUGCUUGAGUUGUGCCUUACCGUCUCUAGAUGACAGGAUUUCUAUGUAGGUCAGUGCUACCUUGUGUGCAAACGUUACAUAGAAUGAGUACAUUGUCAGUGAAGCUAGAAGUCUGCGUGUGUGCAUAUAUGCGUGAGUACCUACCUGCCUUGUUUCCAAUAAAUUGCCCUUUAGCAUUUGUAUCCAGAGUAAUGUGUACAGAUCACUUCAGUCUCAGACUGCUAAGAGCUACUCAGCAACUGGAAGAAAAUAAUAUAAUUGGAAAGAUUAAUGUUACAUUGGCAUGAAUAUGAAAAAGGUUGUCAUUUAAAAAUGAGUUAUUGGAUCCAUUAUUGGUGAGGCACACCUUUAGUCAUAGCACUCAUGGGCCAGCCAAGUCUGUAUAGCAAGUUCAAAGCCAGCCUUGAAUAUAGUGAGGCCAGUCUCAAAAGAACCCAAAAAUGUAAUUUGGGACUGGAAAAUGGCUUAGUGGUUGAGAAUGUGGACUGUUCUUGCAGAGAACCAUUGAGUUCCAUUCCUAGCACCCAUGUUGGGUGGCUUAUAACUUCCUGUAACUCCAGCUCCAGGAGGAUCCAACAUAUCUGGCCUACACAGGCCCCUACACACAGGUACACAUAGACAUAUACAUAAUUACAAAUAAUAAAAUUUUAAUGAACUAUCAAAGCACAUGUAUAGAAAAGGCCAAAUGUUAUAGCAUAUGGUAAUGGAAAAGACUAGAGUCUUUGAAGAAGAACAUAGAAGUCAUUUUAGUCUUGAAUUCACCAAGCAUUAAUUAAUCCAUAUUACAUUAUCUAGAGGUGUCAACUACCCGUGGCAUUCAUUAGGCUUUUAUCCCAUAGAGUCAAUUUUUUCUUUCAAUCUGAAAUGAAUUGUCUACCAAUACUUUCUUCUACCGUCCUCAGCUGCUCAUCUUAGGAUCUGGCAUGGUAGAGUGGUUCUUCCCUAACUCACUUGCCAUCAACAUACCACUGGGAGAAACCUCUGAGGUUUCAAAGAAUUUCUCCAUGAGACCAGAUAGGUAUUCAAGAAUGUGGUGAUUGAUUCCAACAUGGGCCAGUAUAACCUUGCUCUUGUUUCUGCUUCUCUAGAGUGAUAGCUGACUUUUUUUGCUUUGUUUUGAACAAUUGUUGUGAGCCAAACCCUAAGUUAAACAUUUAUCCACUUAAAAGCUCGUAUCACUACAUACCCCAUUUAUAAACGAUAAAAAUAAGAGCUUAGAGAACUAGCGAACAUCACAUAGCCAGCAAAUGACAAGAUUCUAACCCAUACAGCCUGGUGCUAGAGCCUGUCAUGGCUACUGUGCUACGCUACCAACACUGACUAAACUCUGGCCUGCCAAAUGAAACCAUGUACUUCUGGUCAUAAGAGAUACUAGGUAGACAGUGGACAAUAGUUUAGUAUGAAUCCAUUGCAAUUACUGGGAAAUUGGCUUAAAAUACUAUUUGGGGAAAGAACAUCUUUAGACGUUGAUAGUCUUGAUUUUCAGUAUAAAAAAGGUAAAUUUUGUUAAUAGACUAUGCAUACAGGAGUCACUAGGAGGGUAAAACAGUAACAUUUCUCUGUAGACUGCCAAAGGGAGGAAGAAGUAGGUUCCAGGUGGGGCAGAUGGGCAGUUAAGAUGGUAGCAGUAGGUUUAUCCGUAGCCUACAGAGAAAACCUUCAAGCUUCCUGCCCAUUUCCAAUCACCAUUUUGUGUGUCUCGUGUUUUCCUUGAUUUUUCAAAUAUGUUACUCAUUUUAACCAAUUUCUGCCUUAGCUCUUAAAAACAUUUCCUUACUGGCUGUCAUAGUCAACAUUCCACUAAAAUGAAUGUAGAAUGACCAGUGUGUAAAUUAAGGCUGUAUAUUGUUAUCUUCCUUAAUCACUUUUAUAUUCAUAAUGUUGAAUUUUCCCAUAUGCGAUGGCUAAUCUUGGUUGUCAUUUUGAGUAUUACUGGAUUCUUGGGUCUUUUGUUGGUAGGUAGCCAUUGUUGAACUAGCUAGACCAUAGCAGGUAAGCCAUUCUAACAAUUCGUGUGUGUGUGUGUGUGUGUGUGUGUGUGUGUGUGUGUGUGUGUGUGUUCAUUCUAUUCUAUUCUAGAGAACCCUGACUAAUACAGAAUUUUGUACCAGAAGUGAUUCUAGAGCAAUAGAAGUAUAAGGAUAAAAUUUUUUAAGUAUCUGGCAUAGGCUUUCCUCUCAGAAACUCAGGGUUUAUUAAAAGCCCAUAGUGUGAACUAUUUUACAGACUUAAGAGACAAGUGCAUUUGAUUGUCCUGAUUCACCAGUUGUGGGAGGUAAGAGAUUUGGUGACUCUGUAUAUAAAACUUUUGACAAUUUGUAGAAAAAUAAGGAAAAUGAUGGUAGUGGUUCAUUGCUCCCAGCAUCUCUGGAUAAAUUGACAAAGGAAAAGAAUGAACUCCUUGAUAGAAUUAACCAGCUUCUAGCAUAUCAAAAUAUAGUGAAGAACAAUAAUGUGCUCAGUGAUAAAACUGGCUGACUCUGGAUGUACUAAACAGUCUAGAGGUUUCUAUGUGCGUGUGCACUGGAAGAGAAUCUUCUCUUCAGCAGCCACAGCUCAAAUUGUGGAAAAUCAAACUGAAGCCCUCAUUCUAAGGUUGGCUGAAUUACCAAAACAAUAAAAAAUAAAAAUCAGGUCCCAGCCUCAGAGGGUAUCAGUGGUUCAGGUUAGAGCAUUAACUAGUAAAGAAUUGGAUCCUGAAGCCUGGCGGUGGCGCGCGCCUUUAAUCCCAGCACUCGGGAGGCAGAGGCAGGCAGAUCUCUGGGAGUUCGAGACCAGCCUGGUCUACAAGA